GAUAAUGAUUUAGAAUUAUCAAAUGAAAAGGCUCAAAUGUUUCUUCGUUCAAUGUUAAAUGAUGAUGAUGAUGAUGAUAGUUAUGAACCACUUGAUAAAAGAGAAUUUGGAAAAAAUUGUGUUCCAUGUAAAUUUAAAAUAAAUCCAUGUUGUGCACCAAAUAUUUGUAAAAAAAAGCGUUUUUGGAAUGAAUGUAUGGAAAUAAAAACAAACGGAAUUGGAAAAUAA